AUGUCAACACUGGAAAGCGAAUGCCUGCAGCUAAUAAAUGAGAGCACCGAAGAGUUUUCAUACUCAUUGCAGAGGUACAAGUUGGAGGUACUUUCAAGCAAAAAACCAUCCAAGCACAGCGACAGCAUAUUUGGGUACUUUUUCUUGUAUUUACUGGCAAUGGGAGACACUAGAAGAUAUUCUUUGAAUCGAAUGGAGCUGUCUAGUGUAAUUGAUUUAGACAACUCAGAGUGCAUACGAAUAGUAGAUCACAUCUGGAAAUGCAAUGUUCUUGGAGAUAUUCCGCAGAUGAAACAAGCUGCAGAGACACUGCCAAAAACACACUUAAAACUUGGGCAAGCCGCGUGCGAGGUUCUCCAGGAAAAAAAGAGCAACAUGGAGGUGCGCGACUCUGGUGCCCAGGAGAGUAAAUUACAAAAGAUUGUAAAAGCCUCCAAUAUGUUUUUCCGGGUAUAAAUAAAA